AUGAAUAAUAUUAUAAAAAAAAGUCAAAAAGGAAGAAUAAAAGGAAAAUUUAAUUUAAAAUUUUUAAAAUUAUAUUGGGGUAUAAUUUCAUUAAAUUCAGGGUUUAUUACAAAAAAUCAAUUAGAAGCUUCUAGAUUUAUAAUGAAUAAAUAUAUAAAAAAAAUAGGAAUAUAUAAUAUAUGUAUAAAUUGUACUAAAUUUUUAACUAAAAAAUCUUUAAAAACUAGAAUGGGAGCUGGUAAAGGACCUGUAGAAUUAUGUGUUAGUGUUAUAAAAAAGAAUAAGGUAUUAUUUGAAAUUAGUGAUGUUUCAGUAAAAAUUAUUUAUUUUUUAACUAAAAUGUUAUCUUAUAAAUUAUGUUUUAAAUUACAAUUUAUAAGAAAAAUUGAUUAA